AUGCCUGAAGGACGGAGAGUCUACAAUUUAGCCACCAGCUAUGACGCUUCGGCUCCGCCCUCCAGAACCUCAAAGAGAACACAAUCGUCACGCCCCAGACUGACGACAGUGACUCGCUUCGAAGAGCUCGGAUACAAUUACGGUUUCCGGAGAGCGGACCCAAACAAGACUGAGGGCUUUUUUUACGUCUAUCGCUGCCUGAAAGACCAGCUGGAUCUACCAGGACCUAUAACACGAAUUCGAGCAGAUGAAAAUGAAAUUCGGCUCACGGAACUAGAGGGUGUUUUCGAGAACCGCGAAAAGAUUAAAAUCUUCAAUAACGACAUCUCAGGUUACUAUAAAUUCAAUCACACAAACAAAUUUGUCGCCAUCUGCAUCGACGCCAACACGAAACAAAAGACAGGCUUCUGGUUCCUCAGUUUUGAUCGAUCGGGUCAACUGAACGCCUUUUGUGAAUUCCUCAAUUGGCUCUUUGAACUGGACUCCGGAGCUAUGAAUAACCAAGGGAAUUCACGCUUUAGUUACGUGGACCGCAAGAGCAGAAGUUCAGUCGACCUUCCAGCGCCUUGGAAAUAUCCCAGAAGUCGAGACUACCGCACUAGCAUUUCUGAGGACAGUGGGCUUGCGGAGACUGAGUCGGAAAUGUUUGAUUCGCCUGAGUCUGGGAUGGAAUCCCCGCAACAACCCCGUCAUCACCACCACCACCGCCAUCAUCACCACCACUGGCGUAGUGGUGUGAGCAUAGGUUCUGGAACUGUAAAAUCCUGGAGGCAUGUCUGA